UGGCGGAAGCGAGUCCAACAUGACGGCCGAGGGCGGCGGCGCGCUGAAGCGGGCUCUCGUGCCGCUGCUGCUACCCGAGAAAUGCUACGACCGGCUGUUCGUCCAGUGGGACCUGCUGCACGUCCCUUGCCUCAAGAUUCUCCUCAGCAAAGGCCUGGGGCUGGGCAUUGUAUCUGCUUCCCUGCUGGUAAAACUGCCCCAGGUGUUUAAAAUCCUGAGCGCCAAGAGUGCAGAAGGGCUGAGUCUUCAGUCGGUCAUGCUGGAGCUAGUGGCCUUGACUGGGACUAUGGUCUACAGCACCACCAACAAGUUUCCCUUCAGCUCUUGGGGUGAAGCCCUGUUCCUGAUGCUCCAGACGCUCACCAUUGGCUUCCUGGUCCUGCACUACAGGGGGCAGACUGUGAAAGGAGUCGCUUUCCUAGUCUGUUACACCCUGCUCCUGUUGCUCCUGCUCUCGCCCCUGACCCCGCUGGCCGUGGUCACUUGGCUCCAGGCUUCCAACGUGCCUGCUGUGGUAGGGGGCAGGCUGCUCCAGGCCACCACCAACUACUACAAUGGGCACACGGGUCAGCUCUCGGCCAUCACUGUCUUUCUCUUGUUUGGGGGCUCUCUGGCCCGGAUCUUCACCUCCAUUCAGGAAACGGGAGACCCUCUCAUGGCUGGCACCUUUGUGGUUUCCUCCCUCUGCAAUGGCAUCAUCGCAGCUCAGCUUCUCUAUUACUGGAAUGCCAAGACUCCCCACAGGCAGAAAAAGGAGCAGUAGGGCUGGGAGCCCACUGAGCCACCCAGCCUCCUGUCACCCCCUCCCCAUCUGAGCCGGGUCUGCUGGUGGGGCCCCAAACUAUCACCCCCUCCCACAAUUGAACGAAGGUUGUUUUUACAAUACUUGGAUUUUCAAGCUUACAUUCUGACAGUGAAUGAAUGUUGUUCACGUACCUCUCAAUUAAAUCAUCGAGUCGCCUUUAACAGCAA